UUUCCCUUUCCUCUAUUUCAUGGCUUCCAUCUUUGAGACAAGAAAGAAAUCUUUUAUGGCUGCCAUUUGGCUGCUUAUAGGGCUGUUGAUAUCCAGCCCAGGAAAAUCAGCUGCACAAUCGGUGGGCGUAUGUUAUGGACAGUUAGCCAAUGAUUUGCCACCUUCAGCUGAAGUUAUAGAUCUGUAUAAAGCAAAUGGUAUUGAGAGGAUGAGAAUUUUCAAUCCAAAUCCAGAGACCCUCCAGGCCCUCAGAGGAUCCAACAUAGAACUUAUUGUUGGCGUUGUCAAUGAAGACAUUGAAAACCUUGCCAACAAUGCCGCCGCUGCAAAUGAUUGGGUCCAGAUAAACGUGAGGAACUACUUGCCCGAUGUCAGAUUUCGAUACAUUGCUGUUGGGAAUGAAAUAAAGCCUAAUGAUGCAGCAGCCCCGUAUGUUCUGCCAGCCAUGCAGAACAUUCAUGCUGCUCUUGCAUCAGAAGAAAUUAAGGUUUCAGUGGUAAUAGACUUGUCUUUGAUGGGAAGUUCAUUCCCUCCAUCGGCGGGCUCAUUUAGUGAAGCUGCUAGUUCAUACAUGAAUCCAAUCAUUGCCUUCCUAGCCACAACUGGAGCACCACUUCUUGCCAAUGUGUACCCAUAUUUUAGCUACAUUGGUGACACGCAAAGUAUCAGCCUUGACUAUGCCUUGUUCACUGCUCCAGGGGUUGUGGUACGAGAUGGUAACUUGAAUUACCAGAAUCUCUUUGCUGCAAUGAUGGAUGGCCUCUACUCCGCUCUCGAGAAGGCUGGCGGAGCCAACGUGGCUGUCGUCGUAUCAGAGAGCGGUUGGCCGUCAGCAGGCGGUACAGCAGCUACAGUUGAGAAUGCGGGGACUUACUAUAGCAAUUUGAUUAGAUACUCCAAGAAUGGGACUCCAAAGAGGCCUGGAUAUUUAGAAACUUAUUUGUUUGCCAUGUUUGAUGAAAACCAAAAGGGCCCUGCAGAAACUGAAAGAAAUUUUGGUCUCUUCUUCCCUAACAAGCAACCCAAGUACCAGCUCAGUUUCGCUUAGCAGAGCAAUUAUUCAUUUUAUUAAUGAUCAAUCUUAUGCCUUUUCAGUUUGUAUGUAUAAAGCUACCCUAAAUUUAAUAGGAGAUCAAUAAUAAUUAAUUCUCUUG